AUGGGUUUCCUCACAGUCGUUUCAGCCGUGUUUGGCUGGAUCUACACCUUCUGCUGGAGCGCUUCGUUCUAUCCGCAGCUGAUAUUGAAUCUCCGACGGAAAAGCACCUCUGGAACUACUGUUGAUUUCCCAUUCAUCAACGUCAUAGGCUUCGUGGCAUACUUUGUCUCCAACGUCGCCCUCUACUACUCCCCCGUCAUUCGCAGCCAAUACGCCGCUCGACACAAAGACCUGACGCCCACCGUUCAGUUCAACGACAUUACCUUUGCCCUCCACGUAUCCAUCAUCUCCAGCAUCACUCUGUCGCAAUACCUCCUCCGCCAGCUCUGGGGCUUCACACCGUCCACCGGCACCCGCCCCAGCCGCUUCAUCACCGGUAUUGCACUGGGUUGCGUCCUCGGCGUCUUCAUCACCUACCUCGUCGUUGCGUCGGCCGCCGCCAAGGGCCCCGUGGAUCCCGCCACCGACUGGUGCGAGCUUGACAUCAUCUACGCAGUAGGCUAUGUUAAGCUUAUAAUAACCCUUAUCAAAUUCACGCCACAGAUUCUCGCCAACUACCGCAACCAGAGUACCAAGGGAUGGAGCAUUUGGCAGAUUACACUUGACUUUGUGGGUGGCAUUCUGAGCACCGCCCAGCAGGGGAUUCACACUUACCAGCAGCACGACUGGAGUGGCAUUACGGGCAACCCUGUCAAAUUUGCCUUGGGUAAUGUGAGCAUGGUGUAUGAUUGCGUGUUUUUCGUGCAGCAUUACAUUUUGUAUAAAGGGGCUGAGCGGAAGCAUGGCUCAGAGGAAGAUGCAUUGUUGGGUGAUGAGGAAGAGCAGAGAAGGAGGCGGUUAGACUAA